AUGCCUAGAGAUCCGUUGAUUGCAUUCGUUGGAAAGCCAUCGGCUGGUAAAUCCAGCAUGCUUAAUGCUCUGACAGAUGCAACCGCCAAAGUCGGGAAUUUCCCUUUCACCACCAUUGAGCCGAACCGAGCAGUCGGGUACCUUCAGAUCAAAUGUGCUUGCGCUCGUUUCGGAAAACAGGAGUUCUGCAAGCCCACAUAUGGCACCUGUAACAACGGCACCCGCCAUGUGCCAAUACAGCUUCUCGAUGUUGCCGGUUUAGUACCAGGAGCCCACGAAGGUCGAGGGUUGGGAAAUAAGUUCUUGGAUGAUCUUCGACAUGCGGAUUGUUUGGUACAUGUUGUGGACGUCAGUGGAACGACGGAUGCUGAGGGAAAGGAGACGAGAGGGUAUGAUCCCAGUGUGGAUAUUGAGUGGUUGAGGGGUGAGAUCGUGAGAUGGGUUGGAGGUAACCUGAGAGAGAAGUGGGGCAGUAUCGUACGGAGACAUGUUGCUAUCAAAGGAAAUGCUGUGGAUACACUACAGGGACAGUUCUCCGGUUACGGAUCUACGGCGAAACUUGUGGCACGGUUCUUGGACAGAUUGGGCAUCAAGCAGCCAUUGGACCAUUGGGAUGAUUCGACUAUUGAGAGGGUUGUUGAAGGAUUUGUGGACGAGAAGUUCCCGACCGUGUUGGCCUUGAACAAGGUGGACCAUGGAGAUGCGGAUAUGAACAUUGCCAAGAUUGCGAAGCAGCAGAAGCCGGGGUCAAUAGUGCUGUGCAGUGCAGCAACGGAGAAUUUGCUGAAAAGGUUGAAGAAGCAAGGCUAUAUUCAGUACGAAGAGGGAACCGAGUUCGUAGAUACGAAGGUCGACAUAGUAAGUGGAGUACGUGUUCCUUCGUCCUUCACCGUGCUCACAGCAUUCUCACAGCCUGAUUCCGAUCUAAAGCCUCUCGACGAAAAGCUUCAACAGCGAAUAGAAGACUUGCGCGAUCUAGUUCUUUACCGACAUGGAUCGACUGGAGUGCACCAGGUUCUACAACGGGCGGCCGAUCUCCUUGGCCUCAUCCCAGUUUAUACCGUCAAGAACACGCACACAUUCAGCAGUUCGGACUCGUCCGGCAAGACUGCCGUAUUCAGAGAUUGCACACUAGUUAGACGUGGUAUUACGGUUGGUGACGUGGCUCAGAGGAUCAUGGGAGGCGACUGCACAUUCAUUGAGGGGGUUGGAGGUGUGCGUGUGAGCGAAGAUGAUUUGAUCUCGGAGAAGAAUAACAUCCUGAGCUUCAAGAUCGGAGCUAGGGCAGCAUGA